GGGCGGAAGUUCCCCGCCCCACCCGUGAGAGUUGAGUCUUGACCAGAGCGAGUGAGGAUCUUGUCCCGGCUUCAAUUGUCCACGGCUCCACCUCCUGUGGCUGCAGGUGUGAUUCUUGGGACUCAGAUGGACCACACAUCCCCGACCUACAUGCUUGCUAACUUAGCCCACUUACAUUCUGAACAACUUCUUCAGGGCUUGAAUCUUCUUCGUCAGCAUCACGAACUCUGUGACAUCAUUCUUCGUGUAGGUGAUGUUAAAAUUUAUGCUCACAAAGUGGUACUUGCCAGCAUCAGCCCAUAUUUCAAAGCUAUGUUCACUGGAAACCUUUCUGAAAAAGAAAACAGUGAGGUUGAAUUUCAAUCCAUUGAUGAAACUGCUCUCCAGGCCAUUGUGGAAUAUGCCUAUACAGGGACUGUUUUUAUUUCUCAGGAUACAGUUGAAUCUCUCCUUCCAGCAGCAAACUUACUUCAGAUAAAACUUGUCCUGAAAGAAUGUUGUGCAUUUCUUGAAAGCCAGCUUGAUCCUGGGAACUGUAUUGGAAUAUCUCGUUUUGCAGAGACAUAUGGUUGCCAUGACCUUUAUUUGGCAGCCACUAAAUACAUAUGCCAGAAUUUUGAAGCUGUAUGCCAGACAGAAGAGUUUUUUGAGCUUACACAUGCAGAUUUGGAUGAAAUUGUUUCCAAUGACUGUUUGAAUGUAGCUACUGAAGAGACUGUUUUUUAUGCAUUAGAGUCUUGGAUCAAGUAUGAUGUACAAGAACGCCAGAAAUACUUAGCACAGCUACUAAAUAGUGUACGAUUACCAUUGCUGAGUGUUAAGUUUCUCACUAGGCUAUAUGAAGCAAAUCAUCUUAUUCGUGAUGAUCGCACUUGUAAACAUCUUUUGAAUGAAGCUUUAAAGUACCACUUUAUGCCUGAACAUAGACUCUCUCAUCAGACAGUCUUGAUGACGCGACCUCGCUGUGCUCCCAAAGUACUUUGUGCCGUAGGAGGAAAAUCUGGACUCUUUGCCUGUUUGGAUAGUGUGGAGAUGUACUUUCCUCAAAGUGACUCUUGGAUUGGUUUGGCACCCUUAAACAUUCCUCGCUAUGAAUUUGGAAUAUGUGUUUUAGACCAAAAAGUGUAUGUUAUAGGUGGUAUUGAAACUAAUGUGCGUCCUGGUGUCACUAUCAGAAAACAUGAAAAUUCAGUAGAAUGCUGGAAUCCUGAUACAAAUACCUGGACUUCACUAGAGAGAAUGAAUGAGAGCCGAAGUACCCUUGGAGUAGUAGUUCUUGCAGGAGAACUUUAUGCUUUAGGUGGAUAUGAUGGACAAUCUUAUUUACAAUCUGUAGAGAAAUAUAUUCCCAAAAUAAGAAAAUGGCAACCUGUGGCACCAAUGACUACGACAAGAAGUUGUUUUGCUGCAGCUGUAUUGGAUGGAAUGAUAUAUGCCAUUGGUGGGUAUGGUCCUGCUCACAUGAACAGUGUGGAACGAUAUGAUCCAAGUAAAGACUCCUGGGAGAUGGUUGCAUCCAUGGCUGAUAAAAGGAUUCACUUUGGCGUGGGUGUCAUGCUAGGCUUUAUUUUUGUGGUGGGUGGACAUAAUGGUGUCUCACAUUUGUCAAGCAUUGAAAGAUAUGACCCCCAUCAAAAUCAGUGGACUGUGUGUAGACCAAUGAAAGAACCUAGAACAGGAGUUGGUGCUGCAGUAAUUGAUAACUACCUUUAUGUAGUUGGGGGUCACUCAGGGUCUUCCUAUCUGAACACAGUGCAGAAAUAUGACCCUAUCUCAGAUACGUGGCUGGAUUCAGCAGGCAUGAUAUACUGUCGAUGCAAUUUUGGAUUAACUGCACUUUGAUAAGAAUGAACUCCUGGAAAUCAUGUGGUAGUGAAACUUGUGCCACACAAAAGGAUGUCCAGUUUUCUGAAAACUAAAAGCUACAUUGCUUUUAUUUUAACUUGAAGUGGCAUGAAGACUCAAAGUUUUGUUGGGUACUUUGAAUUGACAAGUAGUUUUGGUUGCUCUUGGUUACACAGUAAAUCAAUAAUCAAAGAAGAAGAAGAAGAAAAAGGAAAGACCUUGCCAAUUGAAUUGUGCACUUCUUUCCCAAGACUGAGAUAGACUUGUUUUAUGUUCCUAAAUGGAGAAAACCUUGCUGCUUUUUAAUUUUUUUUUAUUUUUAGCUCUCUUUCCUUGAUAUGUAUCAUGAUUUACUAGGAUGAGAGAGGCUUUAGAUUCUGAAGUGUAUUGAAUGAUUGGACAGAUUGUUUAUACUGCUUGUUGUAUGUAAAUUCAUAUGCUUCACAUUUUUAAAACAAAGGGCUGCUUUUACUUUUGGUACUUUUAAAGGUUGUAAAUAACAUGUCAUAGUGAGUCAUCUGAAUAUUCUUCCUGCUAAAUUGGUUUUAGGGCUAGUGGUGUAAUAUAUUUGCAAGACAAUUGGUUUUAUUGUCCUAUUUGGGGCCCUGUUUUAAGAAGCCAGAUACUUACUGUUUAUGCCUUUUGUAUAUGUGCAGGUUAAUGCUGGAUGAAUUUAGUUACUUGUCUAUGCUAUGAUAAGCAUGGAUAGAAUGAGCUGAUCAUACCAGUUGUUUUAGUUUUUCUUCAGUAGUACAACAGGCUUCCCAGUGUUGAUGUAAAUAUUUGAAAGUGUUUAGGACCAACCUUAGUGCUUAUUGAUUUUUUUCAUGUAAACUUAUAAUAAUUUUAGUUUUUUUUUUUUUUUAAGAUCUUUGUUUGCAUUUUCCAAGUGUUCAGAUAUAAAAAUGGUGCUAACUGUAGGAUCUAUAUAACAAGGCUAUAAUAGAUGUUCUUUUGGAUGUUUGGUGUGACAUGCAUGGCAUAAUUUGAUAGUGUUUUUCAUUUUACAGGCUUAAUUUGUUUGUGCUUAUUAAAAAUGUUAGUGAGUACACUAAUGUUAACAUCCAAAAAUCAUCUAAAUGGCCUGUUAGGUUUUUCAUGGUUACUGAAUAGUGAUUUAAAGAAAGAUACACUUUUGGUCUUCUUUGUUCUUCUGCUGGAUUACAUCCUUCUGAAAAACAGAAAUAUAUGCAUUAAAUAUAAGCCCUAGGCAGUUAUGCAUUACUUUGUACAUUUCUUAGGUAACUGAAUAUUUUAAAGUUAUUGAGGAAAACUGGAACUCAAUGUUUACUUGACUAAUGGUUCUAAUUUAGUUCUGCUUUGAUUAAGGAAAUGAUCUUUUAAAACAAAAUUGUUUGCAUUAGCCAGUAAACACUUAUUUAAAAAAUAUGGUUAACUUAUUUUAUUUUCAAGCAUGUUUUAGUAAAUGUCUGUAAGUCUUAAACACAUUAACUUGCAGUUUUUUAUGAUGUUGGUACUUGUGUUUGGGUACUGUAGUCAUUUUGUUUUUAUUUUCUUAAUUUUUUUCUUGCCCACUAUCUCUUUAUAAAGUCUCUGCAAGACCACUGUACAUUUUUCCUAAUAAUUCACACAGCAUUCUUAAGUGCCAUGAUAUUCUAAAACUAUUGUUAAGAAGCCAUUUGUAAUUAUAAAACAUAGGUUCAGUUGUUAGCAUAUAUGUUAUUUCUUAAAAACUAUAACCAGGUAAUUUGCAGUUUUCCUUGUUCUUCCAUAAACUACCUGUUGUAGAGUUGACUAUAUACUACAAAACUAUGUAAAAUCAUCUUUAAUCAAAAAAGUAGUAUCAUGCUUUAGGAAUAUUUGCACAGAUUAUAAAAUCUUGCAAGUGAUUUUUAGUCUCUUCUAACUUAGAACUCAACAGGAGCUACUAAUAAAAUCAAAUGAGUAUUUUGUAUGUUGCUUGUUUGAAUAACAAUGAUACAUAGCAAUAACUUUUUCAUUGCUUUGAAUAAAUCUGUUGAAUAGUAAUAAGGUGCACUACUGUGGUUGGCCUAAACUUUAUAUAAAGAAAAGCAAUUUAAAAUAGAUUCCAUUACAUA